AGUUCAUAUUCUAAACAAAAUAUUGAACAUGAUGAAAACAAUUGUAUUCAUUUGCCUUGUACUAAAUGCAUUUCAUGUUGCAUUCUCUUCUCUUGUAUCCGUAGGGGAUUUCAAUAAGGAUUUCUUCGUAACAUGGUCUCCUGAUCAUGUAAACACGUCUUCGGACGGGCAUGAGAGGAGUUUAAGGCUCGAUCAACAAUCAGGUGCUGGUUUCGCUUCUAAUGACAUGUUCUUGUUUGGGCAAAUCGACAUGCAAAUCAAACUUGUUCCUGGCCAUUCCGCUGGCACUGUCAUCGGUUACUACCUAACGUCGGACCAACCUAAUCGAGACGAGAUAGAUUUUGAAUUCAUGGGUAAUGUUAGUGGGAAGCCGUAUAUCCUUCAAACGAACGUUUUCGCAGAUGGGUUUGAUGACAGGGAAGAGAGAAUAUAUUUGUGGUUUGAUCCAACAAAAGACUUCCACACAUACUCAAUCCUAUGGAACCUUCACCAAAUUGUGUUUCUGGUGGACAGGGUGCCAAUCAGAGUUUACAAAAAUCAUGCUGACAAAGGAGUUGCAUUUCCGCGGUGGCAACCAAUGAGCCUUAAAGUCAGUUUAUGGAAUGGUGAAAGCUGGGCAACUCGUGGUGGACACGAUAAGGUAGAUUGGUCCAAAGGUCCAUUCAUAGCUUCUUUCAGAAACUACAAGAUUGAUGCUUGUGUCUGGAAAGGAAAUCCACGGUUUUGUAGGGCAGAUAGUAAUACAAAUUGGUGGAACAAAGAAAGAUUUAAUGGCUUAACAUGGUAUCAGAGGAGAUUAUUCAGAUGGGUUAGAAAAUAUCACCUCAUCUAUGACUACUGUCAAGAUAACCAAAGAUUCAAGAAUAGUUUACCCAAAGAAUGUUCUCUUACUAAGUUUUAAAUGAGAGUCAUCUUACGAACAAGAGUGUAAUUUGUGUUUCUUACAAUUGUUGUGUGUUUUGCUUUUAUCUGUUGGUGUUUCAUGUGUUUGACUUGAUCAGUCCCUAUUAUUCUUUCAAGAUUUACAGGUUUGUCUACUUGUUAGACGGCCUUUUCACUGUAUAAGUUGGAGGGUUUAACUUCCAUGCGUAUAUAUGCGUACAUUUUUAUUUA